AUGUCUGCUUGUUUUUGGGUAUUCACAACCCUCUACUUAUACACAUCAAACGCUUCUCCGAUCACCGGUAUUUCCAGUUCAAAAACCAUCGAGAGCCUCGCUACAAAUCAACAACUCUAUGAUGGAGAAACCUUAGUUUCUCCAGAUCAGCGAUUUGAAUUAGGUUUUUUCUGCCCUUCAAAUCCAUGCAAAGAUGUAAAAUUCUUGGGAAUUUGGUACAAAAACAUAGCACCGACUACUGUUGUUUGGGUAGCCAAUCGGAAAAGGCCAAUUCGAAGAACAUCUUCAGGUGUACAUUUGAUGCUAGACGAUUAUGGGGUUUUUGUUAUUCAAGAUGGUAGUAAGCGAGUCAUCUGGAGGAGCCCUCCCAAGAAUUACUCUCCAUCUGUGGGUCGAAAACCAGUUUUGCAGCUUCUGCAAUCUGGAAAUCUUGUGGUUAGAGAUUGUGAUAUUAAUCUAUCAUGCGGUGGAUACAUCUGGGAAAGCUUUAAUCAUCCAAGUGAUACAUUAUUACCAGGAAUGGAGCUCAGUCUGGAUUAUGGAUCUAGGCUUCGAUAUCGCGCAAUCACUUCAUGGAGAAAGAAAGACGAUCCAUCUGAUGGCGAUUUUAAGUUUGGGUUCGACAGAUCUGUUCAAGCUCCCCAAUUGGUGCUCACGAAAGAGAAUGGCGUUCGACUCUCAAGAUGGGGUCCAUGGGAUGGCCAAAAGUUCAGUGGUAUGAACUCGUUAAUGGAUAAUCCAAUUUUGUCACCCACAUUGAGGUUUGAUGACGACCAAGUUUCUUUGAAAUUCGAGGCAUUAAACCAAUCGAUCUUAUUGAGGUUGGUGUUAAGUCCACUAGGGAGUCUGCAGUUCUUGUGGUGGAAGAGUAAAAACGAAGGUUGGAUAACAAUUCUGACUCUAAAUAAAGAUAACUGUGAUCGAAUUGGAUCAUGUGGACCUUAUGGUAUAUGUUAUAGUGAUGAUCCAAGUUGUAGAUGCUUGGAAGAAGGAUUCAUGGCAAUUUCGUCAGUGGAUUGGUGUGGAUUUGAGUGCUCAAGUGGAUGCAAGAGAAAAAAUGAUCUGAAUUGCACUGCAGGAGAUGGGUUUCUGAAGUAUGAACAAAUGAAGCUGCCUGAUAAUUCAUCUGUUUGGGGUGCUUUAAGCAUCAAUGAAUGUGAAAAUAAGUGUGCAAAGGAAUGCAGUUGUAUGGGAUACACUAGCUUGAACAUGUAUGGAAAUGGGAGUAUUAUUUGUGUGGUUUGGCUUAAUGAUCUUAUUGAUCUGCGAACAGUUCAUGGAGGUGGAAAUGAUAUUUACAUACGCAUGUCACACAUCGAGCUAGGUAUCCAUCUGUUAACUAAUUUGUUUUGA